AUCACGCAUGGUCUCGGCGAGUCUCGUGGGGCCCGAGAUCAGUGACAUGGCGAACAAUAUCACGGAGUUUGUUUCAGGGAAGGUUACAUUUGGUAAAAUUGCCAAGGUUUCUUUGUGAAAAGCUUUGCCAACUAGGUUCACCACAAGUGUGCUGUUCAAGUGAGGACAAAUACUUUCACAGAAUACAAAUGUAAUCAUCAAUGUAAACUAUUGGUCAAAUGUUGAAGCUCUUUAAUCGUGAGCGAAUGUGGGGUCGAAACCGGACCAGCACAUCAAGCAUGGCAGGAGGGCAUUUCCGCAGCAAUCUGUGGGAUCCAGUUUUGAUUGUGGCACAGAUCUGUACCAUGCAAGCUGCCUUCUAUUUCUGUCUAGGAAUAUGGAUCUUUUUCUUGGAUGUCAUUGGCAGAUUUGACCUGUCUUUGGAUCAAAUGUUCACCCAAAGUGAUUUGGGUCUUUAUGAAGAUUCUGGGCGAACAAACAUCAUUGCUUAUUCACUGAACAGUUUAACCUGUGCCUUCAUUAUGUGGUAUGUAGUUGGGCGCACUAAACAGUGUCUGGACUUUGCAGCCACUGUUCAUCUGGGCCAUUUUAUUGGUUGCUGGGUAGUAAAUGGAUAUGUUCCCCAGACCUUCUGGUGGUGGAUGACCAAUGGUAUCUGUGUGGGACUCAUGACCAUCCUGGGCGAGUUUCUAUGUAUGCGUUCAGAAAUGAAAGCCAUUCCAUUGAUGGGUCAGAAAGUGGACCUGUGAUAAGGGAAACAACCAUUCCCUUUUUGUUGGUUCUUGCAGCAUGUGAUGGAUGAGAAAAUGGAAUUAGCAGACAGUCCAAGUCCAUUUCUUAACCAUGCCCUUGGUGCUCAGCGCAGAUUUGAAAUGAAGACAAACAGGAAAAGGAAGAUUGUUAGAGAAAAACAGAAAAAUAGCAGAAAUAGACGAGCAGGAAACACUUAUUGCUUUUUGAGGAAAGAUUGUUACACUUCCACAGGAGACAUUAGUUAUUAAGUUGAAAUGUUACCAUGGUGAUGGUUUACCAUGGUGAUGGUUUAUCAUGAUUGUGUAGGUAGAUGCUUGGAAGUACAUGGGUGCUGUGGAUACCAGAUAAAAAAGAAUGGAAUAAUUAAGAGAUCCAAGCAUGUUUGUAUAAAAACAGAAUACAUUGUGAAGUGCUUGCAUGUAUUAAUAAGAGAUCCAUUCAUGUUUAUCUGAAAAACAAAAAUAUGUUAAAUGCUAGUACUCCAGUCCAUAUGAAAAGUCCAUUCAUAGUUCAGUUUAUUCCUCGUUACUCCUCGAGGAGCCUAGGGCCGCAACAACACCUCUCCAGCAGACCCAGUUUUGCAGACCCACCUCAGUUGGGCCCGUGUGGUUCCCUCGUCUUUUGCCUUGCUCUCUACUGUUCUUUUCCAAGUCUGCUUUGGUCUCCCAACUCUCCUCUUCCCCUGAGGGUUCCAGCGGUCCGGUGGCGCAACGGUUAGCGCUGUUAGCGCCUGUCACCAAUACAGUG